CUGAAACUGAUCUCAAAUGCCGAGAGACGUCCUCAUGGCAGGCAUUUCAAGGUCGUUGGAACGGAGCGGCGGGCGGCCUUGGAGGAAUCUGGCUUUUGAAUGUUCAUUUCCUUAAUCAGGAUACUUACCGGUACUGUAAUCCAUGUUGGCAGAUGUUUUUUGAUCUAAGUACUUCUCCGUUUGAUCUAUGUUGCUUUUGAAACGCUUGUCUUCUACAUAAGCUAAGAAUGUUAUUAAUGCGCGAAGUCCGGAAAUUACUAUUGAUAGUAAACGCAAAUCAAGUAAGGAUCCUUUCUUGAAUUGCGUUUUUCAAACUUCUGCUCUCCUUACGCCAAAAAAGUAACACUUUUGACCUAAAGGAUCUAUCCUGAGCCUUACGUUAGAUAGAUAGCUGUUUUUGAGUUUUAUUUGAAUUAAAGUUACCGUAACUCCUCAGCUUACUGUUCAGUUUUUACAUUUUUCCACGUUAGUAGCCUAUUUUUAGUAUUUUUCAAGUCUUUGUAAUAUGCCAUUUGAAUAUAUUGUUCUUUUGACUUAUAAACUACUCCAAUUUUGUUAACAGAUCAUAUUUCACCGUCAACACUAAGACAACAUGUAAGCAUCUUGAUGUCGUUUCGGUGUGUGACAGAUUCAAAGGUCGAUUCCAUUAAAUUUCCACUGACCUUAUAGCAACUCCUGACCGCAGGUAACCAAUCCACAAUGAGACAAUGAGAGAAUAUAGGCUUCUGUAUCAGAUAAAGCUAAUCGAUAAAUUUUUCUCCGAUUUGGAGAUUUUUCCGUCAUGCAGCCUCUCUUUAACAAGGCAAAACCGGAGUUUCCCAGUUUUUAAGCCCUAUUGGUUCAAUUUACAUCAAUGUUGAUGCCGCCGAGAUCUUGACAGAACAGUAUUUUCAAAAACCAUAAACAACGCAUACAAACUGCUUUGGCGAUAGACUCAUCUGCAAUUCAACAGGAGUCUCGGAAGUAAACCUGAGCGGUGGAUUGGUUUGUCAGAAGCUGCAGCAUCUAAACAAGAACACCGCUUGGCCAAGAUGUAGUUCACUCCGCUAUAUUGAGAGGAGCGUCUUCAAUCUUAGCAUGGCCGCUUAGCGUGUUCUCACGUUCGCUAAGCCGAAACAGGGUUCCAGAAGACUGGAAGAUGGCACACAUCGCACCAAUUUUCAAAGUAGGCUGAUAUGAUGAACCUUCAAGCUAUCAACCAUCGGCCCUUCUCUCAGUACCCUCAGAAGUUAUGGAGUCCUUGAUAGAUGACGGUCCACAUGACUAAUUAUCUGCAAACUACAUUUUACUCUCAACCACACUAUUUCAAAGGAAGUCACUUUUGUAUAACUAACAUGCUGACUGCGAUGGACAACCAUCUUUGGUUGCAAGAGAAAGGUUGGUGUUAUAUACCUUGAUCUCUUAAAAGCACUUAAUAGGGUCAAUCAUAUGUGUCUCAUAAAUAAGCUCAAACUGUUAGGUAUCAAGUUGCCGUUAAUAGAUUGAUCCACGCAAUAUCUGAACAACCAACUCUCUAAGGUCAAGUUCACUUUUUCUCAAACUAUAGAAUGUCCUAGUGGGGUCCCCAGGGCUCAGUACUAGAACCUCUUCUCUUUACAGUUUGUAUAAAUGACUUCCUCUGCAUCGUCUGAGUUAUUGCUUCAAGCAGAUGAUGUUAAACUGGAGAGAAGUUUAAAACCAAGAUAAUGAGCUGGCACUUCAGAAGGAUCUGACUCGAUUUCAAAGUUUGGCGAACAACAGACUUUCAACACUUCAAAGUAUGAAGUGGUUCUCUUGAGACUUGUUGCCGACUACGCAUAGUUCCCCUAUAGAGGUGUCCCAAGUUGGAAAAGAUAUAACAAUCUUGCCAUCUCACUUUCUGAAGUCUUACUCUAGCUGCGACAAAAGUGCCUUUCGAGUAAAACUUGCACUAGUUGCGUUGAAGCUCAUUUUUGGCCAGUCUCACAAGAGAAUGUCCCACCUAGUCUUCAAGUUUUAUUUGGUCCAAUUUAGAGUAAGAAAAAUAGUUUCCUCUACUCCAAGGAGUAAGAAUAUACUGAAACGUAUACAAAGUCGCACUCAGACAUCAAAUCACUGUGUCUACCCAUUAGAGUAUUGUCGUCUCAAAUGUAUCCCAGUGAUUUAUAUGACACUAUAUAUAUACUCUAAACACUCCUGGGCACCCUCCCAAAUACUUGUUUAAGCUCAGUCCCAACACAAACUUUAGAGGUAGCACUGUGAAAUGACAGACACAACAUAGCAGAAUCGACUGCAGGCACACCUACUCCAGGAAUAGUAAAAUUCUGGGAUUCGCUGCUAGCUGAGGUAGUGCAAGUCAAUUCCCGGCAGUCCCUCAAGAGAAAAACUGACUUAUUUUUAAGGACUAAUGAUAGUAUUUCACCAUAAUUUACAAACAUUUCCCUUCUGUGUGUUACAUAUACCUAGGUUCCUAACUGAAGGCAUCGGGGACUUACUGCUACUAAAUACGGAAACACGUUAAGCGGAAGCUUCUAUUCCGUCCACAACCAUUCGAGUGGGGCUUCAUAAAUGUCAACAAGAUUUUUCCCUAAUUCAGUGCUUUACAUAUUUUCUUUUGUCUUCCGUACCAAGAUUUGUCUCCGAGUUUUGUUAUGACGUUUCUUGUCAUAAUAUACCAAUCUGUUUUAUUACAUGUUAUUACUUCUGGAUAUACAAAACUGAAUAUAAUCCGUGCAGUAGAAUGGUUAAACGACGGUCAAACAGCUGUUUACAAAGAUUGCAGAGAAAUCAAUCUGUUUAUAUAAGAUUGUCACAAAGAUAUUAGCAUAAAUAUGAAUCGUUCGUUUCUAACUUAAAUCACUGGUCUUAUCAGUUAAGGUUCUUUAGAUGUCCACAUACUCACCUCCGAAUAUCCUUUUAGACUGUCACCUAUGAAGUCAUUAAAAUUUGUUUUUUUAUGUUCUCUGUAGUCUCAUGGUUGAUCCAUUACCGUCUACAAGUCAAACACAGCCCAAUAAGCCUUUUUCAGUGGAUAUUAGAGAUUUAUUUGAAAGGAUAAUGAGACCCCGGCACCUAACGUCCUGGAAUCAGGUUGAAGAAGCCAUAGAUCUUUUGCAGAAAGUUUGUUCCAUAAAUAUUGGUUAACUUACAUAGAUGACUUACACACACUAUGUAGUUAGAGAAAGCAAAUUAAAUAAAGAAGAGCCUGGACUUCAUUACCACUAUGUUGUAUAUGUGUGCACUUUUGGCCACAAACGAAAGCCGGAAGGUACUGGGCAAAGAGUUAAAGGAUCGAAAUUCACUGGUUGUAAAUCCAUGUUUAGAAUCAGAUACGAGCAUAACCGAUACAUAAUACCGGCUUCUAAAACAAUACACAAUCAUCCGUGCGACAGUGAAUAUUUAACAAACGACCCUUGGUCCAGAAAGCUCAGCCAAGACCAAUUGCAAGUUAUAAUCCCGAUGAUCACCGUUAGUUUAGAACCAAAUGAAAUAAUUAAAUAUGUUGAUGAAACCUUCAACAAAACCAUUACACUCAAUGAUUACAGAAAUCUCCGACACAAAGUUGCUAAAAGUAAGUUCCCUUAUAGUUAAAUAUCGUUAUGUUGUAGAAAUGACGGUCUUACAAAGGUAAUCUGUUCAACAACCUUAUGAAUGUGACGAUCAUGUCACUCAAAUUUUUAGAGUAUGCUUUACUAAAUUAUAUAUGUAAAUUGUAAAUGUAUAAAUGGUUUCUUGAGGUAAUUGUUAUCGAAUUCACAUAUACAAACAAAAAAGUAAAGAUGUUCCACUUACUAACAAUUAUUUGUUUCAACUAGUUAUUACACAUAACAAUGGUUACGUAUAUCCAGUUACUUUUGCUCAAUCUAAACAUGAUAAAAACGUGCGGAUAAAUAUAGGCUCACUAUGACAGAAGUAACAACUAAAGCAUUCCCAAUAUACUUUGUUGAAUGUAUAAACCAAGGAAUAUUAAUGACACAUUAUAGACUAGACGUUCCUCUAGAAAAGUUGUUUUCUACAACCAUUACCAAUAUUGUGUUGGGAUUUUGGCAGUCAUUAACCGUAAUUGUCCUGUUGGUAAUUUCGGUAGCAUACUUAACCCUCCCAAUAGGAAUGAGUUGCUAAUAUUGUUGUCUUCGAUGCAUAAUCUUUUCAAUCACCAAUCAUACUGUUACUACCUGUAUUAUUCCGGGAUAUGGCCUGACAAUUUCAUCUCUGUGCUAAUGGGGUAUGGCAACUUGAAUCGAUGUACAUACGUACUAGGUUUUUCAUUGUAAACUGACUAACGGGAUUAACACUCGUGACCAGGGGUCUUUUUCCAUUAUGUAUAAAGUUCGAAUGAGUUAUUCUCUCAGCUGAUUCCAAACGUGGGUUUAAAACUGGUGUCGUUCGUCCUAACCUUCGGUAGCAUACACACCAUCUUAUCACACAAGUAUAGCAUGAUAAUAUCGUAGCUCAUGUUUUGCUUUAUUCACUUUGCUUUCUUUACUACAAAAAACACGGAUUUUAUCUGUUGACAAGUAUUUUUGGUAUAAGUUAAAUUAUUUUCUCAAGUUAAUCCUUGACUCACUAAUAUUUUCGCUUCUCAUUUCAGAUAAUCAAAAAAAAAGAAACUAGAGAUUACCUAUCGCUGAUGUACAUACUCUGUAAAUUUAUUAAUUAAAUUAUAACUUUUAAUUCC